ACAUUGGUCUUUAGAUCUCACUGGAUGAGAGCUGUAUAUUUCUGCCUGCACUUCAUGUAGGUGGAAAUCACAGCACAGCACACAGCAAUGCUUUAAAUGGACAUGGAGACUUUGCAAGUGAAUUCUGCAGAAUAGUUUAACUGUAAGAGUAGUUCGUGGACCUGUAUUUCCAUUUGCUGAUGGAUGAAAGGAAACACGUGUUAAGGUUAUCAAGACGUUGCCAUAGAGUCUGUGUUACGAUCUGUUUUAGAGGCAGCUCAAGGUGUUAGAAGAACGUGAGAUUGAGUGAGAGACUUGAUGAAACCUGGUAGCAGUCAGGAAGUGCACGACUUGUACUACAGAGAAACCACUUGUGAACGAGACAUGGAAAUAACUGCAUCGACUUCUAACAUGGACUGUUCCCUUCUGUGCUUCUUAAAAGAGGAAACUCACUAAGAAUUAGGAAAUCUCAGCUUGGCUUGCGUUUAUCAAGUCAGAUAAAGAAUUAUCUUCUGAGAUGUCCCACUUAGGAAUGACAUUCACAUAAGAAGGGUCAUCCAUUCUGCCGGAAAGUGUGGACAGUAACUUGCUGCUGAGAUAUCAGGAAGGAAACUUCUCAGAGACUUGGGUCGCUGCAAUAUGAAUCAGGUAGCAUACCUCCUUAGGGUGACUGCAGUUUUUAUCUGGAACUGUUGGCUGGUGGAAGGUGUAGGAGAAAGUCAUGUCCAUUCUAGCUUCAUCUACAGAAGACUGAGGAACCACGAGAGGAAGGAGAUCCAGAGGGAGAUCCUCUCCAUCCUGGGCUUGCCUCAUAGACCUAGACCCUUUUCACCUGGGAAGCAAGCUUCAUCGGCUCCUCUCUUCAUGCUUGACCUGUACAAUGUGAUGGCCAAUGAAGAGCAGCAUGGGUUUUUGGGGUACACGCUGAGCAGCUCAGUGAUGGAGAGCAGGGGACUUAGGACCGGAUACCCUACUGUUGCUAAUGGCUAUUCAAGAAAAGCACAGUCUUAUCGCACAGCUCCUUUGACCACACAGAGUCCACCUUUGGCGAGCCUUCAUGAUGCCAACUUCCUGAACGAUGCUGACAUGGUCAUGAGCUUUGUCAACUUAGUUGAACGAGACAAGGACUUUUCGCACCAUCGAAGGCACUACAAGGAAUUUCGAUUUGACCUCACUCAAAUCCCACAUGGAGAGGCUGUGACGGCAGCUGAAUUUCGAAUAUACAAGGAUAAAAGUAACAAUCGGUUUGGAAAUGAAACACUUAAAAUAAGUAUUUAUCAGAUCAUCAAAGAAUAUUCAAAUAGGGAUGCAGAUCUGUUUUUGUUGGACACACAGAGAAUUCAAGCCUCAGAUGUUGGCUGGCUUGUGUUUGACAUCACCGUAACCAGUAACCAUUGGGUGAUCAAUCCACAGAACAAUUUGGGGUUACAGCUGUGUGUGGAAACAGGUGAUGGACGGAGUGUUAAUGUCAAAUCCGCUGGACUCAUCGGGAGACAUGGGCCUCAGUCAAAGCAACCUUUUCUUGUUGCUUUUUUUAAAGCCAGUGAAGUCCUGCUCCGUUCAGUUAGAGCUGCAAACACCAAGAGGAAAAAGCAAGAGCGUAACAAAUCUACUGCUCAGCAUGAUUCAUCAAAGAUGCCUAGUAUUGGAGAUAUCAACACAAGUGAGCAGAAACAAGCAUGCAAAAAACAUGAGCUUUAUGUUAGUUUUCGUGACUUGGGCUGGCAGGACUGGAUAAUUGCUCCAGAGGGCUACGCUGCCUUUUAUUGUGACGGAGAAUGCUCAUUUCCACUCAACGCCCAUAUGAAUGCCACUAACCAUGCCAUAGUACAAACGCUAGUCCAUCUGAUGUUUCCAGAACAUGUUCCUAAGCCCUGUUGUGCCCCAACAAAAUUAAAUGCCAUCUCUGUGUUGUAUUUUGAUGAUAGUUCUAAUGUUAUUUUGAAGAAAUACAGAAAUAUGGUUGUGAGAUCAUGUGGGUGCCAUUAAAUUGGAGACACAGCAGCAGUUACCAGAAUUUCAACAAAAUCAAUUUGCUAUCAUAACAAGGAAAUAGACAUUUAUCAUCCUUCAAUUUACAUCUCAAUAUACAUAUCUAUGUACAGUAUUAUGUAUAUAAUAGACAUUUGUAAUUUAUUUUGCUAUAUAUCUACAUUGGUAUAUACAGUAUAGUUAUAGAAUUUGUAUCAUAUUUUUAAAUAAAAUGUCAAAUUCUUAAUUUAAUGCCAUUGUCAGGCAAUAGUAACCUUUUUCGACACACCCAUUUUUUUUAUUGUUUUGUUUAAAAAUUAGAACAUACAAUUACUAUUUAAACUAACCAAAUCAAAUUUAUUCUAGAAAUACAGUUUUGAGUAGUAUUUAUUUAGAAAAUGGAAAUCAACAGGGGGAUAACUAACUAAAAACUUACAAAAUAUAUUUUUUUGUGCUAAAAA